AUGCUCUCACAGUGUUUCAGAAGUAGCUUAGCUAAGCACUGCUUUGUUGCUAAAAACCAAGCUCUGCAUGGAAAGUUUGUCAAUAGUAUAAUGUGUUUAUCAAGCAGCAGCAGUAAUAGCGGCAGCAGCAACAGCAACAGUAAUAGCGGCAGCAGCAACAGCAACAUCAGAUACAACGAUAACUAUAGAAGUAAUGAUGAUGGUACAAACUUUGAAGAACUGCAGCUUCCGUCCGCGUUAAAAUCAGAAACAGAAAGCUUAAAUGGGAAAGGAAAGAACAAAUUAUCUAAGCGGCCCCAAACUCUUUUAGAGGCAUUAAUAGAGUCUCAUGGCACUCUACCGGAGGAAGUGGAUGAACCUAAAAUUACAAGAAACGUGGCUUCCGAAUCAGCAACAUCAGCAACAUCAGCAACAUCAGCAACAUCAGCAACAUCAGCAACAUCAGCAACAUCAGCAACAUCAGCAACAUCAGCAACAUCAGCAACAUCAACAACAUCUACAACAACCAUAAUAACGACCACAGCGACGGUUCCUGUAGAGAAUAACGUCUCAACGCCGUAUUGGGUGAAACGUGAACUAACAAUGAAAGCCAAGCACUCUCAAUGGAAUCCUAAGAAGAAACUUAGUCGAGAAGAUAUGCUAAAACUUAGAGAGCUCAAAGAAAACUUUCCACAUUACAAAACGGUUGAAUUGGCCGAGCUAUUUCGUGUAUCACCCGAAGCAGUGCGGAGAAUUUUGAAAAGCAAUUGGGUGCCUAAUGAUAUUGAUGAAGACCGCAUAAUAGCUCGUAGAGAAAAACAGAAACAGAAACGACAACAGGAAAUACAAUUAAAGAAACUAGAGUUCAUAUCUAAUCGUGGGAAAAAAAAUGUCUCUUCACGCCCACAACAGCGACAACAACAACAACCUAAACAGCAGCAGCGACAGAGAUCUAAAGUCGGUUAUAAAAAUGGGUUUGCAUUUAACGAAAAGUAUGGUGGAUUAGGAAACAAAUUUUAA